AGCUGAGGAGGGGAUGGGGUUCGGGGACCUUGGGGAGGCAGGGACCUGGGGUUAGCCGAAGAUGGGCAGUAGCGGGGCGGGGUGGUGAAGGGGAGGCGAGCACUGGGGUGCCCGCCCUGCGGAAGUCAGGAAUCUGGACUUUCACCUUUUCCCGAAAAGGAACCCUUUCGGAUGCCAGACCCUGGACUGCGCUGAGGAGGGGGACAGGGGUAAGGGAGUCUGCCCUCCCUGGCUAAAUGCCGCCCCCCCCCAAAACCUAGCCUUGGUCUGGGCAGGUCCCGGGAAAAGGAGAGUGGAAACUCCCCUCCCCUGGUCAGGUGUGGUGGUUGGGGAUGGAGUUUGCUUCCCACUCCCGGCGCUGGUGUGGAUGUUUCCUGUGCCCCCCUGGACCUUGGCCUGGAGCUCCGGAGCCCUUCCUGUCACCCCGUCUCCCUCCCUCAGAGCCGUGGGCACCCAGUUCCAGCGCAGAUGCGCCUGGAGACACCUGCCUUCCCUCGUCCUUGUCCUCGCUCUGGUCCUGGGCAGUGGGUGGUGGCAGGCUGGCCCUUGCUGGCGGCAGAGACUCCCAGUUGUCAUUCCCCAGGCGGGGUCAGGUUCAGUCCCUCAGUUGUUGCGGACCAGGUGCAGGCAGGGUCCUGAGAAGUGGAGUCAUGAGCAAGCAGAGCUUGCGCUCUGGGGUGGGAGUGGAGGUAGGGGCAGACAACAAACAAGAUAAUUCCAGAUUCGGGGGGUGCCGUGAAGAAAAGAAAACUCGUGGUGGUUGGGGGGGGGUGAUGCUGCCUCGGAGAGGGUGGUCAGGGAGGGCCUCUCAAGUGUCCCACGCUGAAGGGACAGCAGGGGCAAAGACGUGGGGAUGGGGAGACUGUGCUUGGAGCCAAUGAGUGAGGGGAAUUGUGGGAGGAAAUGAGAGGACAGUGUGGGCCCAGGAAGGAUCUGGACUUUAUUCUAAAAGCAGUGGGGGCUCCUGAAAGCCCCGUGGAAGGCGUCAAAUACGGCAGAGUCUCGCUUCCCCAGCCUGAGCUCCAUAGCGCUGUCGGCUUUCUCGGCACUUUCAAGGGGGAUCAGGACACGUGCGAGGCCAGUUGACUUGGCAGCGGAUCCCAGCUGGGCCCAGCCCCCCUCCCACAGCAUGCCGGAGGGCCCCGAGCUGCAUCUGGCCAGCCGCUUCGUGAACGAGGCGUGCAGGGGGCUGAUGUUCGGUGGGUGUGUGGAGAAGUCACCCGUCAGCCGCAACCCUGAGGUGCCCUUUGAGAGCAGUGCGUACUGCAUCUCAUCCUCGGCCCGUGGCAAGGAGCUGCGCCUGACCCUGAGCCCGCUGCCGGGGGCCCAGCCCCCACGGGGGCCCCUGGCCCUGGUCUUCCGAUUCGGCAUGUCCGGCUCCUUCCAGCUGGCGGCCCAGGACGCGCUGCCGGCCCACGCCCACCUGCGCUUUUACACGGCUCCCCCCGGCCCCCGACUCGCCCUCUGCUUCGUGGACAUCCGCCGCUUCGGCCGCUGGGACCUCGGGGGCGAGUGGCAGCCCGGCCGUGGGCCUUGCGUCUUGCUGGAGUAUGAGCGGUUCAGGGAGAACGUGUUACGAAACCUAGCGGACAAGGUCUUUGAUCAGCCCAUCUGCGAGGCCCUCUUGGACCAGAGGUUCUUCAAUGGCAUUGGCAACUAUCUCCGGGCAGAGAUCCUGUACCGGCUGAGGAUACCCCCCUUCGAGAAGGCCCGCAAAGUUCUGGAGGCGCUGCAGCAGCGCCGGCCGAGCCCGGAGCUGACCCUGAGCCAGAAGAUCAGGGCUAAGCUGCGGAACCCAGACCUGCUGGAGCUGUGUCACUCUGUGCCCAAGGAAGUGGUCCAGCUCGGGGGCAAAGGUUACGGGCUGGAGAGCGGGGAGGAGGACUUUGCGGCCUUUCGAGCGUGGUUGCGGUGCUAUGGCAUGCCCGGCAUGAGCUCCCUGCGGGACCGGCGGGGCCGGACCAUCUGGUUCCAGGGGGAUCCUGGCCCCCUGGCCCCCAAAGGGGGCAAGUCCCACAAGAAGAAAUCCAAGGGAGCACGGCAGGGGCCUGAGCACAGGAUGGAGGACCCUCUGCUUCCAAGCACGGCCCCUUCCAGGACACGUGGGGCACGGAGAGGCCCUCCUGAGCAAAGUACAGCCCAGCAGCCUGAGGGGACCAGCCUCCAGCAGGACCCAGAGGUCCCCCCAGUCCCCAAGAAGGGAAAAAGGAGGCGGCGACCAGCAACCUCAGGCCACCGCAGACCCCGAAGGAUCAAGGCUGACACCCCAUCCUUGGAGAAUGAGGGGAUGGCAGCCUCUUAGCGGGAGGGCCUCCUUGUUCAUGUCCACCCCCUUCCUCUGCCGCGCCCUGGGUCUCGGGGCCUGGGCAGCUCGCUGGAAGCAGCUUGGAGCUGCUGGGGGCUGGGUACCCCAGGCUCUGUGGCUGUUCCUUGCACAGCUAUGAUGUUUUUAAUUGUAUCCCACCUUCCCCAUUUUUUAAGCCCACGUGAAAAAUGCUGUCAUUUUUAAUAAACU